AUGCCGAAUACAAUCCGGACAUGUUCGAGGUCGAGCACAAAAGCCUGGCGGUGGAGGAAAGUCGCCCCACGCAAUCCCUCCCCCCAGAAACUCGACCAGGAGCAACAGGGUGACACCAUCCUGCAGCUCCCCCUCGAGAUGAUACUACACAUCACGACGUUCCUCGAUGACAGAGAUAUGAUAGCCCUAACACUCUACUGCAAAGGCCUCUACAGAGCCCUGCCUCCGCCCCGUCUCCCGCCCGGCGCCCAGCGAGAGGACCUGCUGCUCCGCCUCGAGUGCGCCAUGGGCGACGAGCUGUGCCCCCUCUACAGCAAGAUCUAG